CUUGUCUUAAUGCAUGAUUUUUAUUAUCCAUAGAUAGUAUCGUCAUUGGAUUCAUUCGUUUAGAAAAUGUACACCCACCUACUCUUAUCUCGAAUGAAUAAGAUGUAAUAAAAACACACACACACACACACAGAGAUUUUAUUAGCAUUGAACAUAGAGAAUGUUUUAAAAGUAUCCACUUCACAUUAGUGUGUGUAGAAUUAGUUUCACACGAUAAUCAUUAGCCAUACACUUCCAUUAUGAUGAAAAUUUUGGGCAUUUGUCUUAUUGUUUCAUUGUUAUUCAUUGGAAUAAAUUGUAUGAAAAAUAAAAAAGUCAAAUGUUAUCGAUGUUCAGAUUGUCCAAAUCCAUUCGAUAAAACUCAAGUCAUUGAAUUAGCCAAUUGUAAUUUUUGUCGAACAGUGUACACUUAUCGUGAUGAAGAUAAUUAUCGAAUUGCCAAAGAUUGUGUAGCAAGUUGUGUUCCACAAGAUCGUCGUGGUGGUAAAGCUGGUCUAGUGACUGAAUGCUGUGAUGAAGAUUAUUGUAAUGCCUCAGUGAAACUUUAUUCUGCAUCAUUUCUAUGGAUGAUAACCAGUUUGACAAUAUUGAUUACUUAUUAUGCUAAUAAAUUGAUCUGUUGAAUUUGAAGCCUCUCUCUCUCUCUGUCUGUUUGGAAUUCAUUUCACCUAUUUGAAAUUGUUCUAAUGCGUUUAUCUCAUAAUUCGCAUAAAUUUAUUUGUUUAGAUUUGUGUUUAUACCGAUCACAUCAGUAAAUAACUAGAUGUCAUUGUUGUUUCUUUAGUCGUUCUACGCCAACUUCUCUUAUCCCUACUUUAUUAUCCAUAUGUCAAUGUACAAUCUGAAUGAAUUCAGAUUUUUAAAAAAAAUGAUUGAUUUCUGUUGUUUUUAUUAAUGAACUAUGUAUCACAAAUAUAAAAGAAUCUAGUGUUUUUUUAUUUUAUUGUGUGUAAUAAUAUCUUGUUUUAAUGCACUUUUUGUGUAUUGAUCAAUUAUCAAUUAUCACUGAUCACAUUGUAAUAUGUUUUGUUCUUCAAUAUUGAUUCUUAAUAUUUACGUCUAUUAUUAAUAUUACUAUUAUUAUUACUAUCAUUAUUAUCACUGAUAUAAUGAAAGUUUGAGAUUCUGCUUUUUUUUUCUUUCAUUGUCAACUACCUAUUUUGCUUCAUUUUUGAUAUACUACUUAUUUGAAUGGUGCAUUCUAUCCAUAGGUUGCAAUAUUUUAUUCUUGUGGUUUUGUAUCAUUGAGAAGGAAAGUGUUUUUACUUGUUUUGUAGGGAACUACUAAUACACAAUGAUGUAAUGCCUAUCUUUUUUGUUCUCGUCUAUAUAUGUAUACGUAUAUUGUGUAUGUAUGUAUUGCAAGUUUUAGCUUAAUCAAUCACACACAAUAGAGUGUAUUCAUGAAAAAUCGACUUCAGGUUGGAAAUUUUUUUUUUGGUACUGACUGACUGAUAUUUUACUUUUGCGUUGUAUGUUAAUUUUUAACAGAAAUUAAAUGAAUUUUCAUGUUUUUCCUAAAAUAAAUGAUAUAUAUUUAUAUAUAAAUGGUUGAUGCAGUUUUUUUCCCUUUUAUCAAUCUAAAUAAAGCUCGAUCGUUUGUUGUUAGCGAGUUG